AUUAGACUUUUGAUGCUAAAGUGAUCUGCAGUGCCACUUUUUGGCCAGCCAAAAAAUCAAAAGUUGUAAUUUUGUUAUGAAAAGAUCUGUGUUGUUUUCUAUCAGCAUUUGCGUCAUAGAAUCAAGAGUUUGUGUGUUCACGCGUCUCCGCGACAAUGAAUAAGUCAUUCAAACUAGGCGCAAUUAAAAAUAAUUAGUUGUGCUAACAUUUGACGUGUACAUUUAAAGAGAAAUCUCUGAAGAAACAGUUGGAGCAAGAAAAGUAGUGAAAGUGCACCUUUUGAGUUUUCUAACUGCGACCUUGAGUUAACUAUUGGGCGUAGUAAUAAACAUGGGGGCCGAUGACGAUGACAAGACUAUUGUUGAGAAAGUGAUGGGGAACAAGAUGGUGAUGAUAGGUGUGAUUGCGAUGGCAGAGGUGUUUGGCAUCAUAGGUCUGGCUCUGUUGAUCCACUUCUCCAGAGAGUACUACGGUGGCUACGAGUGGGGCGACAUGAAGGACGGACUCCUCUUCACCUACCACCCCCUCUUCAUGUAUCUGGGCAUGAUCUUCUUCUUCGGAAAUGCAAUCAUGUCCUUCAGAGUGAUGAACAUGCUUCCUAUCCCCAGGGUAGUGGCCAAGUGUAUCCACGGUGGUCUGCACGUGUGCACGAUGCUGUUCAUCAGUCUGGGUCUGGUGGCGAUCAACAGGGUCAAGAAGAAUGCGUGGAUGGGCACGAACAACAUGUACAGUACCCACUCCUACUGGGGAGCUGUGACCAUAGCAAUCUACGUCCUCCAGUUCUCAGGGGGGCUCAUCUCAUUCCUCAUACCCGUCCUGUCGGACAGAAUCAAGCGCACCUUCCUGCCAAUUCAUCGGUUCCUGGGAGCAGGCAUCUUCCUCAUGGCCCUGAUAACAGUGCUCAUUGGACUGACCAAGAUGGCCAGCACCGUGGGACAGGUGACGGGCAAGUCCUUCAGCUCCUACCCCGAGUGGGGGACAGUGCACAUAUUCACAUCCUGCUUCAUCGGACUGUUCGUGCUCACAGUCAUGGUUGUGAUUAUCAACAGUGGAUUCAAAACACCUCCAAAAACCACCCAAGAAAAAUAGACGCGUCAAAAUUUGGACGAGAAAUUUAACAUGGAAUCUAUUCUGUACCAUAUAUCAUCUAUCAAAUCACAUAUCAUGUAUCAUAUGAACUGUUUAAUUCAUAUUACUGGAAUUA